GGCUGCCCGAUGGUAUCGGUUUUCACUUCUUUGUUCUCUCUCUGCUAGAUCACUUCAUCGUGAAUAAAUUUCACAUUGACAACGUUGUGUUUAUUGACAAGAAAAAAAAAACAGAAAUUCAAGAUAUACAUUUUUUCUGACUCAGUGAGAGAAACAGUAGAUAAAACGUGGAUAUUUUCUAUUUUCAUACAAACUUCAACUUGAAACUACAAGUAACAGAUUUGCCCAGCAGAAAUAAAUAAAACAGAAGAUAAUAAAAUAACCGAAUUCAAUAAAAUCGAGCGGAAGUGAUGUUUACGAGUUUACUGAAGUUUUCCAUGCCAAAUCGAAUACUCGAUGUGAUCUUUGAGAGUCAGAAAGGAGAUUACCAAAGAAGCAUAGCAAAACAUCAACAUUAAAAGACAUAAACACGUGAGAAAGUCAAGAGAGAAAACGACGAUAGUGAGAAAAAAGAUAAAUUGUCUUCAGCUAAAGUAAAUCAAGUCCCACGGCAUUUAUGGGCGUCUUUGAGCAUCAGCAGGACGUCGAAUCGUCGUCCUGGUGGCCACAUUUCAUCGACACAUCUUAAAAGUUAUUUGAAAUUUUAACGCACAAAGUUAUAUCAGAAAUAAAAGAAAAUUAAAUAUCCCCAAGGUCUAUAAAAUUUCAUUGCAUCGAUCAAAGAAGGGAAAUAUAAAGCCUCAAAAUGUUGCCGACAAAUGUCAUGUCUUUUAUGAAGAAGAUGGUAACAACACAACCAGAAACAGCUGAUGCUGUACCUUCGGAUGAUUCAGGAACGACAUUCAGCAAAUUGAGACAAUUGAUGACAGCAACAGGAAACGUUGGAAAAGCUGCACCAGUGAAAAUCACACCAGUUGAGGAUAUUGUACCUAAGGAAGAGGUGCCAGCUGUAGAACCACCAAAACCAAAACCAGAACCAGGGAGACCAGCAAGUAGAGCAGGAUCUUGUAGGGUUUGUCUCAAGUCUUUCAAACCCGAUGAUUUCUCACGUACUUGCUACGAGUGUCAGUUCAAGGUCUGUGAUGAUUGCGCCUCUUAUUCAGAAACAAAAGACUAUGAUGAUCCGUCGACGUGGCGAUGCAGUGUAUGUCGACGUAAAAUAGCUUCACGUGGUCAGCCGAUCGUGGCACAAGAAUCAACCGACUCUUUGCUAGAAGUUCCAGUCUUAGAGGCACUACAAAGACGGCAUAGUGAUGCAAGGCUUAGUUGUCAAAGUGGUGGACCAGCAGCUGGUCUUGGAAGUGCUCUAGCACCACCUAGAAGUCCCGAACUUAGACGGCACUCAGACGUAUCACCAGCUAGUCUUAAAGAACUUGAAAAGUUUCGAAAGGUUGCAGGAGAACGCCGCGAGGAACUUAGGUGGGAAAGGGAAUUGGAGUGGAGAAGCAAAUCACGUAGUGGUUCACCAGAAAGGCAUGGAAGUGAAAGAGCUAGAACUAGUAGUCCUCAGAGAAACAUCAAAACUUCUAUAGAGCAAGAAGGAGACAUUGGAGAAGAUGAAGAUGAAAGGAGAAGACGUGCAGCUCGUAGAAGUGGUGGUGGUGGAACAGUACGACGAAAGUCUAGAGUGACGAGGCAACAUUCAUAUGACGAUGAAAUAAAAUCAGCUGGUAAUGGUGGAGGUGGUGGAAGUCAAUCUAGUCAUUCGGAUGUUGGGCUUGGACUUCCGGUUCAAUUACCACGUAGAGCAUCGGCUUAUGACGUGUAUGCAACACCUGGAAGUGGUGGACUCAAUGCUAUGGCAAUAGCAGCUGCUCAACAACGGGCAUCAAUUUCUGCACAAGGCUCAAGGGACCCUGAAGAAAGAUCGCCUGGUAGAAGACAGUCAUAUCGUGCGGUGAAGCCAGUGAUGCCAUAUGAAAUGGGCAACGACGAUGAAAAGAUAAUAAAUUUAGAUGCCACAGCAACACCGGAACCUUCACCCGUACAACCUGACGAACCUCGACGACGAAGAGCUUCUAUGUUACCAGAUAUCAAUAUGGCAAGGACUCUACCAUCUGUACCAGGAUCUGUAAAACCAGCUCCAUCAGCCGUAGGACGAGGAGCUGCUCAAGAAGAUCGAGAACUAGCUUGUCAAGGAAGUUUAGCAGAUGGUGAAGGCAUCAAGAUUGUGAUACACGAUGUCGACAGUGACCUUGCACCACGGAUGAAUGCAAAGAAGAGAGUUGCUCUAAGGAGGGAUCCUUUGUUGAUGGACAAAGGACAUAGAACACGAGGCUUUGGCAUGCAUGUAGUUGGUGGAAAAGCUGCAAGUGAUGGACGAUUAUAUGCUUCUAUAGUGUGGACAGUGCCUGGCGGACCAGCGGACAAAGCAGGACUUCAAAAAGGCGAUAAGGUACUCGAAUGGGCAGGAGUAUCUCUCAUCGAUCGAAGUUUCGAAGAUGUGACACAGAUAAUUGAACGUUCUGGCGAUGUUGCAGAACUUGUUGUGGAACAUUUAGGAGAUAUGGAAGCAGAAUUAUUAGAUGAACCAGGAAUGGUGUCAACAUCAGCAAAAAAUUCAGGAAAUCUCGGUCUCCAAUUAGACUCGGAAACGGAUAAAACUCCUUCGUCACCGACCCGCAGGAAGCUUCCAAAGACGCCGGAACAAAUAGCAAAAGAACGACAAGUUACUGGACGAGUUCAAAUUCAUGUUUGGUAUGAAGCUGAUAGAAAAGAACUUGUAGUAUCAGUUUUAGCUGCUGAUGAACUUUGUACUAGAGAUGAUGGUUCACCACCUGAAGCAUUUGCUAAACUUAUCCUUAUGCCACCUUGUGGUGAUCAAAAUUCCCAUCAAACAGAUGUAGCUGGGCCGUCACAAAACCCUAUUUGGAAUGCUAAUUUAACAUUUCCGGGUAUAUCUGGUGAUAAAUUAAUGGACAGAACGAUUGAAGUAACACUUUGGGAUUGUCAUCCUGAUGGAGAUAAUGUUUUUCUUGGUGAAUGUGCAGUAGAUCUACAAAAUGCUUUUGAAACAGAUAGAGAAGCUUGGUAUCGAUUAGAAGACCCGCGAGGAAUACGUUCAGGAAAGUCACCCUACGCUUCGCCUCGUGGUUCACUAUCGAUGGAAAUAGCUCAACGUCUAUUGAGAAGGGAGCGAAGUUAUAGCGAAGAUACUCAAAGUGAUAGUGGCAGCCCAGAACCGUACUUCCUUCAUCCUGAUCAUGCUUGGCAGUCAAACUCGCGACGUGGAUCAUCACAAUCUGAACAACUGGAGAUAGAACCAUAUGAACUUAACAAAGACUAUAGCAGAUCUCUUCCAGGAAGCAGGAGAAGUAGCUUUCAGAGCCAAGGAGGAACUGAUAGUAAACGAGGAAGUAUUGUGGAUUCAGAUAUGCCACCUAUUUAUUACAAUCGCGAUCGUCGACGUAGUUCAGUAGCUCGUACAGUACGCGAUCCAGAAGAAAUGUUAAGAUCUUUAAAGAAAGUUGCAGCCAAAGGCGAACUAGGAAGAACGAUGAGUCUAUCAAGUGAUAAGAGACGAGGAAAUCGGCGAGAUGAGCGCAAAGAAAGCAUUAGUGGACGUGGUGAAAAAAGAGAUAGCAUUGGACCUACAAUGAUGGCAUUACAAGAGAGAUUUUGCGAUCGUAACAGCGACUCUGAUGAAGAUGAUAAAUGGAGCCAAACGAGAGAUGAAAAUGGUGUAGAUUUAAAAUUGGGUCCAGGACAAGUUGUUCCCAGAGGAUUUAAAUUUAUUGAAGGUAUGCAAAAUGGCGAAAUAAAAUUGGCCUUGUUCCUCAGUAAAGGAACACUCGAAGUUGAAGUAAUUUGUGCACGAGACAUCUGUCCAGGAGAAAAAGAAGAGCCAGAUACUUAUGUGAAGACGUAUUUACGUGAUGGAGAACGUUGGUUGCACAAAAGGAAAACCCGGGUAAUUCGCCAUUCACGAAAUCCUCAAUAUCGGCAGACCCUCAAGUAUGGCAGUUGUGACGCACUUGGACGAAAUCUCUUAGUGAUGCUUUGGGAAAAGAAGCAAGGCUUUGGAAGUAACCAAGGACUGGGUGGUGCUGAAGUUGACCUCGAUCGUUUGCCAUUAACUAAACUUACUGUAGGAUGGUAUUCAAUUUUUCCAAUUCAUACACUUGGGACGCAAACGGCUGAUUCCCCAUGAUGGUUAAGGGAAAAAUGGGCCCUAGAAGCUGGUGAACUCGAUCUCAGAUUGAGCCUUUUGCUUAAAGAUGAGACUGAGUCAGAGAUUAAAAUUAUUUCCUGAUAGAAAAAAGUGACUCGUGAUUAUUUCAUUAUCAAACUCUAAUUUGACUUUAUCAUUUUUCGGUUCAUUUACUUAUUGUUUUAUUUCAUUGACAGAAAUCAUAUACUACUGAAUAUUUUUAUGAAUUCAUAAAAAGAAAUAACAAUCAAAUAGAGAAGAGGUAUAUGUAAAUAAAUUAUAUUUUUCAACAGAGUAAUAGCAAAGAUAUACUAAAGGGAAAGAAUAAUAUGCUAAAAACUAGAGUUCCUGAUAAAAAAUGUAAUUAUAAAAAAUAUAUACAUAUAGAUAUAUUCUUCUAUACUUUUAAAGAAUUAUAUUGUCAAUGAAAUAAUACAAAAGAAACUCAAUUUAUUUGGAAGAUUUUAUUAAAAAAAUAGAUAUCGUGUUUGAAAAUAAAAUUACCAGAGCACAGAAGAAUAGAAUGUACAAAGUGUAAUUACUUGGUUUUCGCGUGAUAAUGCAAAAAUAUCUAAAAACUAUGGCAAUACCAAAGGAUACUAAGCAAUAAAAGGUGUACCUGCAGAAGGCUUCAGGCCAUGUAAACGGGUAGAAGAAUUAAAUAACGGAGGAUUAUUUUAUUUAUAUCAUAUUUUAUAACUUUAAGAGCUCAUUUGAAAAUUCUAAAAAGAAUCUUGAUAAUCAAUAAUUAAUGUAAUUAUUUAUGGAGUCACUGAAUAUUGGGUAGCAUCAGAAAAGGGUCUAUUUUUCCCGAAAAUAUAACGGCAUUGAUGCCAGUGAUGAGGAAAAGAUGAAAAAUGACAUUAAAAAACAAAGUGUAUUUAACGCUGAUAACAAAAGUCGAUCGAUAUCUAAUUUUCAUUGCCAUUUGGUUGAUCCAAUUCAGGGUUCGAUCGAGUUUUGUGAACUACACAAACACCACGUUGUUAGAGACAUUGAAAAUUCUAUCUUCUAUCAACGAAUUAUUUUCAUUUGUGAACAAAAAACUUUGAAUAACUUUUUGAAUUUCACUUAUAAUUCAUUCUACAUAAUACUUCAAAUAAUAAUACGAAACUAAUGUGCAUUCAAUUACUUUAUUUUUUAAUCAACCCUGAAACUAAAUCUGCACGAUAAAUGAAAGUAAAAAAUUAAAAAAAAAAAAAAAGUAAAGGCCUAAUAAGUAUAACGAUUAAUUCUGAAAGUUAGUCAAAGUUGAAUGUAUAAGUAACAUGGGCAGAAAAUUAUAGAGAAAUGUGGAACAAAAAAAGUACUAGAAUAAAAUUAAAUAUUGAAGUUUUUCAUCUUAACGACAGUUUAACAAUCUUUUGAAGAGUCAGUAAUUUGCAAUUUUCGCAAAAAACUCAAUCUUAAUAAACUUUUGGAUCUUUGUUCUUGGCACUUUAUAGAUUUUUUUUUUUUUCCAUUAUUUCUCUAAAAUUUUCAAAAAUAUAUAUAUAUAUGUAAUAAUAAAUUAGCGACUACUUAUUAACUCGCGGGUCGAGUUAAGAUUUUUUUCUAAACUAAAUUCUGAAAUUAACUUUAAUAUAAAGAAAGUAGAACAUUAACGGCCAAUAUGUGUAUAAUUAUCGUAUUAUAAUUUUAAUGAUGUAAGGUCAUAAUGUUUACUUUGCCAGAAAAUAAUGUAAAGUUACGUUCUAAUUAUUUGUUAAUUAUUUAACACAGUAUUUCUCGAACUGAGCUACAAAAGAACAAUUAUUAGAGCAUUUCUGAUAAUUUAUUUUCAAAUAUACUCCAGAUCAAUUACAGAUAUAAAUUACAGAUUACCAAAAAUUGAUAGAUCAAUGUUUAGAUAUAGAAUAUAUGGGAUUUAAUGCGCUCAUUUCACCCAAAAAAAAAAAUAUUAUAAAAACACAAAAAAAAUGGUUUGAAAAACAAUAUGAGUGAUAACUAAACAAAAUUUAAAAAUAAUAGAUAACAUAAUAAAUGAAAUAAACGAAGACAAUUCGAUAGAUAAACAAAUGUUAUAAAGGUAUGAAUAAAUCUAUCUGAGAUUAAUAUUUGUGUAUAGUAGGGUUAGUUAUGAAAUAAAAAAUCUGUACACGAAAUUGAAAAAAAUCGAAAAAUAUUGAUAAUGUUGUGUAUAAUGCGUUACCAAAUAAUAUGAUAUGAAGUGUUUAAUUAUAAAAAUGACCUUCAAUCGAACAUCUAAAUAUUAAAUUUUUUGUUGUUCUCUAUGCUAAAUUAAAUGACUAUUACAAUAAUAAUAACGGCCUAGAAAAUGUCGAAAUUGCGAAGAAACGAAAACUUUUUGAAAGGGACAAUCCUAUUGCAAUGAAGCUAUUAACUAUAAAUUGCAAUUUUUUAUCAAAAAGUUCUUCAUUAAAAUUUGAAAAUUUUUCUACCUUUAGCAUCGAAUACCUGUGGCCUCUAUUAACUGAAGAAUAAUCUAUAUAAAACAAUGUAAUGAAUAUAUAUAUAAUAAUGUAUCAUUCAAAAAUGAUAAGGACUAUUUAUUGCAACAUUUCUAAUUAAACUAUAUCUUUAAACUACUAUUUAAUACAUAAUACAUAAUUACUCAAUAUUUACUUGAAAACUGAAAAUAACUACUAUCUAAACUAAAUAAAUGUUUUCUACAAACGAAAUGGCCUAGUAUAUAAUCUUGUUAAAUUUGACUUUUGAACAUGACUAAGAGUUUUCUUUUCUAACGCUUAACUAAAUAUAAUCAUAAAACUAAAAUGUCCAUUAAAAGCUGAAUGAGUACUGCUAAUCUAUCUAUUUGACAAUCGAAAAUAAAAAAUUAAAGUUCAAGCCGCACAUUGAUUUUCAACUGCGAAAUUUCAAUCUUAAACUUUUAAAACUUUACAUGUAGAAAACUUAUAUAAAAUUCCUUAAAUAUAUGUAUAAAUAUUAUAAAAGCUUAUCCUAAAAAUCAUAAUCGAC